GAUUAAGAAUAGGGGAAGAACAACAAGAAGAAGAAAUUACGUCUUCAUAAUUUGGCAAGAUAGUGAAAGAGGAUAGAGAAGGAAAAUAUUCUUUCUGUUACGAGGAAAAGUUAGAACUAGGACGAGACGGUGUCUUGGAAAUGGUUAACGACAAUCAGUGCACGCGGGUGUGAAUUUGAAUCUGAUUGCUUCAUCUUCGCUGCAACAGGUGAAGAUACUCUUAAACUUUGGUCUGAUGGAUGCUUCCCAGUUGCCUUCUUCAGUUUCCACUCCUCAGGACGCUUCGAACUAUGAUGAGAUGUCCAUGAAACAGAGCUUGAACUUCUCAGAUAGUCUGAAGGACCUGAAGGAUCUUAGGAAGCAGCUAAACUCAGCUUCUGACUAUUUUGAAUUGUCUUACGAAAGACAUGAUCAGAAACAAAUAGUGGUGAACACAUUGAAAGAUUAUGCGACAAAAGCUUUCAUAAACAUGGUGGAUCACUUGGGCUCCAUGACUUACAAGGUCAACUGUCUCCUGGAUGACAAGAUUGAGGAAGCAUCUGCGAUUGAGUUAAGAUUCUCUUGCGUUCUACAGAGACUACGAACGUGUGAGAUGCUCAUUGACCAUGGAGGCCUUUCUCAGCAGUCACUAGCGAUAAGAACUCCAAGGCACCACAUGCGAUAUAUCUUACCAGAAGACAAAGAUGAUGGAGUGGGCAGGAAUCUGCAAUACUGCAAGACAAGUGACGUAAAUGGCGAAAUGUCCACAGGCGAACAUUGUAUGACACUUUUCUGGUUUAGCCACAUUGCAUGGAGCAAAAUUGACGUACAUCCAAGAAAUAUAGAGACUUCUGCAUCAUUCAUCAGGAGAUGGCGUUCGGCGACACAGUUUCCACAAUCCUCUCCAACCGGUACUUUUUCAUUUGCAAAUACUUCAUCCAACGAAAAAGCAGAAAGACAAUCCGCCACCCUGCUUCAUUUUCAACUCACACGUUCGGGUUCUCUUGUUGAUAGAUCUACAUCUCCAAACCCUGCUACUGCCAAAAGACGAUACCCACCGGAACCCCGAAGAUCCACCUCAAUGUCUACUCACGUUGAGAGGAAUAGGAGAACUGAUAUCGAGCUAUACUCCAGCAAAAACAAGCGUCUCUUCAAGGCCUUGCUUAGUAUGCCGAAAUCAAAAAAGGACAGCAAGUUAUACAAGUUCUUGGACGAGAGCUAAGAAGAACAGGGGAUGAAGGAAAGCGGAUGGACACAAAUCUCAGUUUCUUUGCAUCGCAAGUAUGACCUAUGCUGUACUUGUUAUCGCAGCUUAAGCUUUUGAGAAUAAUUUAAUGCAAUAAGAAGCCGAACAAAAAGACAGUCCAGAUAAAAUUAUACAAUUUCUACAAGGAAUUCCUUUGGAAGAUCGUUGCCGCUCUAUA